GAUGCCGAACAUGCAAAUGCACCAGACAGCACAGCCAGGAGGCCUAGGAGGUCCGACUCACGUGGCCGCUAACCUGGCGGGAUACAAUCAAGGUAGAAUGCCCAUGCCUACAACGGGAGCCGCGAUGGUGCAACCUCAAGGGAUGCAGAAUCUGGCAGCCGUUGCAGGUCGCAUGCCAGGACCUAAUCGGCAAGUAGCUAGCAUCAUGCCUGCACAACCACAAGCCCAACUACAUCAGCAUUUCGUAAGAACACAACACCAGCUUCAACAACCUCCAGCUGGUCCACAUCCUCAUCCACCACAGUACAACAUGAUUGUGCCUCAACAUCAUGGUCAACAGAUGAUAGUACCCCAACUUCCACCUCCUGCUCAACCUCAACAUGGUCAGAUACCCCAAGCACCUCCUGCUCAACAGCAUCAAACGUUUUAUCCACGACAAGAACAGCAC